AGGGAGUAGAUCAUUAAAACAACAUGAGCUGGACCACUUGGGUUCUGUUUGUGGGCCUUCUGUGGAGUUAUCCUGUUUCCAGUGGACAAAAUGAGACUGAAGGAAAACGACUCCAAGAUUGUUUGAUGAAGAAACAACAUUUUAUUAUUGCUGAUAACUUCAGUGGCUUCAUCACUGGAGAUGAACAUUUGGAUCGGAACCAGAGUUGCAUCCUAUUUCUGGAGAACAACAUGGAGGCACCAAAGAUGUUUGGAAAGAUAUUUCCUCAAAUGAAGGAGCAUAAUGGUUCUCGUGUACUACUCGUCUCAGAGGAUUACAUCACAGUGGACGGGUGUCUGUGUGUCCUGGAAGGGAAGUGUGACUUAACAUCAUUUACCCUCAAAGGGCCGUGCAUGCAUACAUGUCUGCAAAGAGCUGAAUGUCAACAACAACGUUACAAUGGAAACCUCUGCAACAAAAUGUUCCCUCAGGUCGAAGAGAAGUACAUCAUCAACAUGGAGCGCCGAUCAUGUCAUAACUGUAAUGCAGGGAAAUUGCCGGAGAACCAAAUUGAUUUGAAAAAUAUGUUUCCAACUGAACACGGAGAAGUCAUCGACGCCGCCAAAGCUAAUAGAGUCAUGAACAAAAUGGCCGAACUUGCCAGAUCCAUCAACUCUUCUUCGGUUUCAAUGACUUUGGGAGAAGGUGUAUUUGGUAUCUUAAUGAAACAAACAGACCCCCAAGAUGUCAUGGAGGUCUCAUUUGCUAUUGUGGCUAAAAGGAACAAGAUAUAUAUGAUAGAAGACAAAGCUACUCUGACUCAAUACUCACGAUCUGUCACAAUGCCCAAAGAAGCGUUUAACAAAGCCGUGUGUCAGCAUAUGCUGCCAUUUGUAUCCGUUUUACGGUUCAACAAUCUGAUUUCGGAUGAGGAGAACAGCACUCUUUUAGGCAAUGAGGUUUUCGCAGUUGAAAUGGGAAUCACUGUCGCUGAUCUGACAGACAAAAUACACAUCAAUUACAAGGGCAAUACAUAUGGAAAAAUUCCAUCUUGUGGUUCAUGGAAUGGUGAAGGAAGCCGACCACUCUGGACUAAGGACGGAUGUCAGACCAAAAUAAAUAAUGACACCAUUACAUGCGAGUGUUCUCAUUUGACCUUUUUCGCUAUCUUAUUGUCUUCUUCUCACGUGAACUCCCUCACCAUCAUCACCCAAAUUGGCUGUGUUGUGUCCAUGUUCUUCCUCAGCGUAGUCCUCUUCAUGCACUUCCUUCUGAGGAGGACCAAGGCCACUACAGCCACAAUAAUUCUCAUCCACCUGGUGUCGGCCAUGUUCCUGCUCAACCUCACUUUCCUGAUCAACAACUUUGUGGCAAAACUGGGCAACUCUUUGGGUUGUAUGAUUGAGGCGGCUUUCAUGCACUACUUCAUGUUGACCACCUUCACUUGGUUUGCUGUGCAGGCCUUCCACCUCUGCCUCAAUCUCUACCAGGGGGGCCACAUUGUAAUCCGUCAUUACAUCCUCAAAGUCUCCAUUCCCAGUUGGGUGCUACCGGGUGUCGUUGGGAUGGUCCUGUUCUCCUCAGGAAAAUAUGGCAAACAAGUGAUUGCCACGAGUGACACUGAACACAAUGUGACCAUAUGCUGGAUAACGGACAAUGACGUGCACUACAUUGUCAACAUAGGUUACUAUGCGUUGGUCUUCCUCUUCACCUUCACUACCUUCAUCAUCGUAGUGUCCUGGCUCUUUUGUCUCCAGAGAGUGGGAAGUGGAAAAAGUAGCGCAGAAAUAAACACCAAUAUACGAGGCAUCUCAAUCAUCAUGGGACUGUGUUGCAUGAUGGGUAUAACUUGGGGUUUCGCCUUCUUCGCCUCCGGUAUCCUCCGGAUUCCCUCCUACUACAUUUUCACGGUCUUGAAUUCUUUCCAAGGUUUCUUCCUGUUCAUCUACUACUGUAAAACCAGUAACUCGAGAGAGCCAACCAGUGGUAAUGGAAGCGCAGCCAGCAUCAGCACUGUUCAAAGCAGCCUGCAAAGCAGCCUGCACAGCAGCGAGAACACCUACGUCAACUUCAAACUCCGACAAGACAUACGUGGGAUUAAAGUGGGGCGCUGAUCAGCUUGCAGUCAGCGAGUAGUAUUAAGAAGUGUACUGGUUAAAUAAUAACAUUGUAAGUCAGCUCUGACAUACACUAGUCACUAGUGCAUAGGGAAGUUACUUUAAUAUUACAUUGUUUAGUUUCUUAGGAGCAGAAUUUGGUUUGCAAAUUUUCAUUCAUUGAGGAUCUGAAAAGGCUGCGUUUCAUGGAGUUCAUUAUAAAACGAGUAAACAGAUUUACAAUAGAAAAACAUGAUUAUUAAAAUGACAUGUUCAAGACUAAACUGCAACUGAUAAAAUGUCUUUAUUUAUUCGUAGAAAAGUACAAAUAAUGUUUCUGAAGCAUCAUUUGACCGUUUUAAAUAUGAAAAUUUGAUAAGAAUUAGAUAAAGAAUAUUUUAUUAAGUUUCAAUCACACAAACAUUAAAACAUACAAUAAGGAUCAAUACUUUAACUAAUUUGUAAUUGGGACAUUAUAACUUUUACAGCAAGAGAGCUUCUGCUUCCUUGAGAGCAUUUUCCAUUUCAACCACCUGCAGGGAGAAGUUCUCUCUUUCUUGCAUCAUAUGUUCCCUCGCUUUUGAGAGUCCUGUCAUCGUUGUUUGGAUUUCCUAUGAAAGUGUAAAAUGAGGAUAAUUUAAAAUACACUGCGAUCAUCAUUUAAAUAGUUUACAACAAAGGGCAAAGUGUAAGUUUAACUCACCUCUAAGCAGACAUGUUGCUGUGACGCAGUGUCUCCAAACACUUUUAAUUCAUUCAGCAGGUCUGUGAAGACACUCUGAAAUAGAGACAAUGAAAGUUGUGUUUAAUAGAUGGCAUUGCCUAUGAUAGCCAAAAGGCUGUUACCCCUUAUGUGUAGGAUACAAGAAUAGUAGAAAUGUGAAUUAUUUUUUAAUCGGGUUAUAUAAUUUCUCACUUUAAUUGUGUGCUAUACAACAAGUCAAGUGCAUGUUUGUAGUUCUGUGUGAGUGUUAUAAAACAAAACAUGACUACUUAUAACAUCCAGUAAACUGAAAUAAAAUAUACAUACCAUAA